GAGACGACUCUCCUGUCGUUUAGCGAGGAAGCACAGUCUGUCAAGGCCUUGGCUUUAACGGAACACCUUUCUUUUUUUUUCUUUUUUUUUUACUAAAUUCAUCGAACUGACUUUUAAAUAACGUCAGUUUAACAUUAGAGCGCUGUUUUGGAAGCUGUGUUGUAAUCGGUUUGUAAGGAGUCUAUAACCGUCAUCAUGAGUAAUUUCGGGGACGAUAGUGAUUCUGAGGUGGAUCGGAUCAUGACGGACCGGCCGCCCAGCAGUUAUGGCUCCAUGGAAAGUGAUCAUGAAGAUGAAGAGGAGGAUGAAUUUGAAGAACCUCCACAAAAACUACCUGCAACAAGGGUCAGGCUUUACCGCUCCGAUUCGCCUGAGACUGCGAUUACUGAACGUACGAACACAAACCAGUCCAGUAUAUACAACGAUGGACCGGUCCUCAAACCACAGUACUCAGUGCACGGAGCAGAUUCUUAUGGUAACCAACACAGCAUUUACAGAGAGCCGUCGAUCGCGGAGCCGCCUGAGCUUCAGAGUGACGUAAGGACAGAAGCAGCGAUGGAUGGAGAGCAGAACGACAGAGACUCGGAGAUGAAUGAGAGAGAGCCGCAGGAGCAGCAGAAUGAAAGCGCUGAGAUGGAGCAGGAGGAGCAGGCAGAGGCCACGAAAGACGACGAUGAUUUUGAUGAAAUUGUUGUAGAUUUCGAAGAACCCAGAGAUCCUCCUCCUCCUUCAGCAGAAGGCUCCGGGCUACAGUUUCAACACACGCACAGCUCCCUCGCCAUGCCCCAUGUGAUGAGGCAAAUGGUGAGGUGUCUUAACCAGCUCCAUCCAUCAGAUAUCACCUAUCUAAAGCGCUCUCUGAGUACUAACUGCAGAUUCAAGAAGUAUUCCUCAAAGAUUGGUGAUUUUAAUGACCCGCUGGAUCUGGCCGAUAAAAUGAUCGAGGUCUGCGGGCUGGGAGAAGCUCUGCAUAUGACCAUACGAGGCAUACAAAAUGUCGGAAACGACGUUUUGGCGGAAUACCUGAGGAAGACCUGCAGAAGAGCCGUGUUACAGCAUGACCUGAAAUUAGCCCACGACCGACGCUAUUACUACCUCUACGAAGGCCGAUGUCGUCCAGGACGGCAGCGCUACAUCAGCGACGUCUACGUCGAGCCCGUAACAGUCAUCAGAGGCAGCAGGGAGCCCAUCAACCUCGAGAAUGAGGUCUACAAGAGACCAUAUACCAUCGAGGAGACCCAAAUCAGAGCCGCCGAUAUAUUUCGACCCCUUCCUAAUGAACAGAAACCCAUCCGUACGGUCAUGAUGACGGGAAUUCCCGCCUGUGGUCUAACGGUGGCCGUGAAUAAGUUCAUCAUUGAUUGGAUGGAGCGAAAAAACAAUCAGGAUUUUCAAUUAGUCUUCCCUUUGCCAGCAAAAGAGCUGCACCUUGGGAAAGAUGGAAAUCCGAGCUUCCUAGAGCUCCUCGGUAGCUUUUUUGCAGAAGCCGAUGACAUUAAAUUCAUCGAGAAGCCUGAUUGCUUGAGUCUCUUCAUCAUUGACGCUCUAGAACUUUGCAAACACAACCUGGACUUUAAAAACAAUGAAGUUAUCACAAGCGCCAGGGAGAAAGCACCAUUAGAUGCCCUUCUCACAAGCCUAAUAAAAGGCACUUUGCUUCCUAACGCUCGAGUUUGGAUCACCAGCCAUGUCACUGCCUCCCACCGAAUUCCUUCAGAGCUAAUCGACAGGUAUGUAGAGUUAAGAGGAUUCACGGAUGAGAAGAAGAAAGAGUAUUUCACCAAAAGAACCACUGACCCUGAGCUCGGGAGGAAGGUUUAUAACCACAUGAAGCGCUCCAAAGCCCUUGAGGUCAUCUGUCACCUUCCUCUCUUCAGCUGGAUGGUGGCGUUCAUCUUCGAACGAGGGUUUCUAGAUCCCGAUUACGGCAAACAGCCACCUGGCAUCACAACGUUUUAUGCCCAGUUGAUCGUCGUGCAGAUGAACCGCUCCUUCGAGAAGUACCGCGGCUGUAACGUUGAGGCACAGAAGUGGAGGGAUGAAGAUAAGUCGUUUAUUGAGAUGAUGGGGAAAAUGUCCUUUCAGUUGAUAAAAGAAGGUCGGGAUUGGUUUACAGUAAAAGAUUUGGAGUCUGUCGGCCUGACCUAUGAAGAUUUGCGCAGUCGCGAUGAAUUAACCACUGAGGUCAAGCGAAAGAGCGAAGACAUUCGUACUUGGAUCUUCAAGUUUGUUCACCUUACCGUUCAAGAGUAUAUGGCCGCCAUGUACGUCUAUGUAGCGUUUAGGAAACAUGAUAAAAACGAGAUCGAACAAAGCAAAAUGUCCUGGUUUCAAGGUCAAAGUAAGGAUCGGCCUGUGAUUGAACUGUACCGUCCUGCCAUCGACCGCGCGCUAGCGUCUCCCAGUGGUCAUCUGGACAUGUUCCUGCGCUUCCUGAUCGGAUUGGUGACUCCAGGGACUGAGGAGAACCUGCACGGAUACCUGCUGAGUCACUACCACCCCAAAGCCAAAGGCACAGAAGAGGUGGUCAAAUACAUCAACAAAAAAAUUAGCAAUAUAAACACCGAUCCUGACAGGAGAAGAAAUCUGGAGUUGUGUCUGGUGGAGCUGGAGGAAGGCAAACAGGGAAGAUAAGAAGAAAUAAGAGAGCGUUGAUCUGUUAAGCGGGACUGUGAAACACUAAACUAAAUGCAGUGUCCCACAGGAACGAUUCAGUUAAAGGGAUGGUUCACCCGCUCAUUAUUUAUAAUUCUGGUCAAAAGAUUAGGAUUCAUUUGGAUUUUUUAUGUUUUUGAAAAGUCUCUUCCGAGGCUGUAUAGAUUUGAUCAGGAAUGGUGAUCUUGUGAAAUGUUAUUUUGGUUUAAAAUAGCUGUUUUCAUUUUGGGUGCAUCAGUGUGAUACUUCAGAAAUAAUUUGAAUAUGCUGAUUAGUUAUUGUCAAUAUGUUUUCUUUUCUCCAAGUUUCAUUGUCGAAUACAACAUUUGAAACUAUCUUUAAUGUAGCAUUAGAAAUGUUUCUUGCAAAGCAAAUCAUCAUAUAAGAAUGAUUUCUGAAGAUCAUGUGAUUCUGAAGACUGGAGGAAUGAUGCUGAAAAAACAGCUGCACAUCAGAAUUAAAUUAUAUCUUAACAUGUAUUCAAAUAGAAAUGCUUUAAAUUCUAAUAUUUCGUUUCACUUGGUUUUACUGCAUUUUAGAUCAAAAACAGAAGAGAUUUUCAGAAAGAUGAGACAAAAAUCCUAGAGAUACCAAACUUUUGAUUAGUAGUUACAUCAAUAACAUCUUUGGUCACUGCAGACUUUAUUGAUUGGGAGAAUACUUUUCUUAUUCUUUUUUGUUCUGAUAAAAUCCACUGAUUUGAGAGAGACAGUGGUGUGUAAAUGAUAAAUUCAGUUGGGUUUAUGGGGUGAGCUGUUCCUUUAACUCUUUUUGGUGUUGUGAGCAGAGAACAUCAGUUUGCUUGUUUGAGUCAGUAUGAUGAUGUGCUUGCCUUAGGCUUUUCUACAGUUUGAGCCAAUGAGAAAAGCUAAUUAUAGCACUAAUAAAUGUUUAAGUUACACUGUGCUUCAAAGGGAUGUGCACUUUAACAACAAUCCCUGCUUUCCAGAAUCACAAGUAUCUUAAGAAGAAAACAAUCUAGCAAACAUUAUUCAUUAAGCAGUAACGUGAAUAAUUAUAGACUAUUAUCCUGACACAGCAGCAUGAUAUUAUGUUUUUAUUCAUUUUUCUUUGCUUAAAUAAGCAGUUGUUGUUUUUCAGAUUUUAAGAAAUCGAGAGAAAUAAGAUAUUGAUAGAUUUUACUUUCAUCAUUUGCUUCAGAUUUACACUGUUGAAAAUGUACUGUUAGUCCGGUCCGUGGAUAUAUACUGACAAUUGAUGGAUUUGAGAGAAAGUAGUAUUUAAUUAGCUGUUUCUUUUUUUUUUUUUUUUUUUUUAUAAGAAGAGUGUGGGUUGCAAAGCCAAAGGUUUGCCGAUUCAUGCAUGAUCAUCACCACUGUGUCCAUGACAAACAUUUAUAAUAAAAGUGUCUUGUGGUGGA